AUGGAAGGUGAAGAAGAAGUUCUUAAAAGUAGUCAAGUUAAAUAUUUCGAACUUUUUCCCAAACGAAAUUAUAAGCAAGGUUCAGCUGUUGAAUUACACUUUCGUUUAGCGGAAUCUCAAUUUUAUCGUUUAUUAACUGAAUGUGAAGCGGCCAAAGUAAAAAAGAUUGAAUAUGUUUGUAAUCCAAUUUUAAUCAACAAAUUCAAUACAGCACGAGAAGAAUUAAAGAAGAAACGCAGUGAAGAAUAUUCUUAUCCUGUUUUAGCUUUUCACGGUACAGCUGUUUCUAAUAUUCGAUCAAUAUGUGAAAAUGGUUUUAAAGUACCUGGUCAAGAAGGAUUUGAGCAUGCAACUGAUACUGGUCGCUUUGGACAAGGAGCAUAUUUUAGUGAAUACCCUAGCUUAUCAAUGGGUUAUAUAAACGAAGUUACGAAAUUAUUAUUAUGUCAAGUAUUACAAGGAAAAGUAUAUCAUUGUACAGAAAUAAUGAUGGGCUCUGCUCUUAAAGAAGGUUAUGAUUCACAUUGUUCACCUGACAAAGAAGAGCUUAUUAUAUUUCAUAGCGAUUGUAUUCUUCCUCAAUAUAUUGUUCAUUAUACAUUAGAUGCUGGAGAGUUUACAUAUACAGAUACUGGUAUUACAAAAGAAGCAAUAAAGAAAAAACUUGCUAAAAUCAAAGAAUUGUACAAAAAAACAGUAGCAAUGAAAGACAAAAAAAUAUUUGCUGCUUUUAUAUUCACAUUUAUCGGUCAAAUGGCUGAUACACCAUUAGCUAUGGAAAUAUUGCUUAAACGAUUUGGCGGACGUGUUUGCAAAAAUACUGUUCCAUUUGAUGGUACAGUAAUGACAACUGAUUUAAAUGCGAAUGGAUACUCUGCAACUGUUCCAUUUGAUGCACCUAAUAUAAUCAUUUGUUCAAUAGCUGAAUAUGAAGCGGCAACUCCGUCAGCUGAAUUACAAGCUUAUAGAAAUAUGAGCGUAAAUUAUGAUAUUUAUCGAGUGACUUUUUUGGGUGUGGGUGUGGGUGUGGAUGUGGGUGGGUGUGGGUAGGUGGGUGUGGUUGAAGCUGUUCAUGAAUAGAUACUAACACCCACACCCACACCCACGCCCACACACCCACACCCACACCCACACCCCACACCCACACCCCACACCCACACCCACGCCCACACACCCACACCCCACCCACACCCAUCCGCACAGACCCACAUCGAUCCAUACAAAAUUCAGAGAGAACGAAAGACAAUACAAUACAUUUAAAAGGCACGAGAAGAAAAAAUCAUUUAAAUUUUAAACGAUUGAGUUUUUAGCUAUUUUGACCCGUCUUUCUUUAAUGGAAAAAAGCGCGAAGUCUGCUCCCAGCGCUUGAAGCAACUUGGUUUUUAACCCAUUGUAGCCACUGGUCGGCAGAUGAUGGCGAAUAAAGUUGUUCAUUAACAGGUGUUAACGCGUCCCAAUAUGGUGUAAAUUUGUCGUUUAAAAAUAACAAAAACUCAGCAUCUUGUUUGUAUGUAUUGGCAAUACAACUUCCCCGACGUCCACCUGGUCGAACAAACAUGUAUGGUGGGGAGUGAUCAUUGAAAUCGUUGUAUUGGCUCAAAUAUCCAUUAAUCAAAAGUGGAAUAGGAAUUGAUUUGUUGCCUUUGAUCAACUCUUCGAAUUCGAAUUUAAUGAUUGAAUCCGGAAUUCCAGUUGUCCACAUAUUUGGUUCUUUAGGAGGUUUUUCAUAGUUGACAGCUGUUGCUCGAAUAAUUACGUGAGCUUUAGAGACUAAUUCUUCAGGUGUUGUUAACUUUAGAACAGAACAGGCCUGUACAACUAUAAUGCUGUAACCAACAAACCAUACAAUUACAAUAUCAAUGCAAUUGUAUUGAUGCAUGACAGACGGAGGCUUUGAGGUUGAUGUUGAAAUCAAAAAAGAUAGUAUAAUUUAUAGUACACUGUUGGUGUUGAAAAAUACUGAUUUGUUAUUGAUCGUACGAUAUUCGUCACCUUCUUCGAUAUGAAAGCAGUGAAAAAUGUAAUUGACAUGUGACGAUGCCUUCCUCUUCUAUACGUUUUCAUUUCGAUUCGAUAUCUUUAUUUAACGAAAUCGAAACUUGAUAUUGCCGGUAAAUAAAGCUCUUCAGUCUCAAUGCACGAAUGUCGACGUCUUUUGGGCUAUCUUAAGGUAAAUAUUGUCAUACACUAUUUUUAGCUGCCAUACGCAGCAGUGAGUGUGGGUGUGAGUGUCAGUGUGGAUGUGGAUGUGAGCGUGAGUGCCGUCGCAGAUAAACAGCAAAAACACACUCGUACUCACACCCAUGUCCUAGUUUGUAUUUCGUUUGUAGAUAGAACUUUGUUUUCAUUGAUGAAUUAUCAUCGAUCGAUUCAUUCUCUAGAUGGCAAUAUAAAGUAAAAAAAUUGCAUCGCUUAUCUUUUUUUCAUUAAUGGGGGGAGAGUGUUGCGGAAGUACAGAACAUAGCAAACUAUGGCUCGUUAUGGUAGGAAGAAAAAAAAAGGCGUAGUUUAAAAAAAAGAGGAAGUAAUCUCAUAUAUAUAUAUAUAUAUAUACACUUCACUACAAACUUCCAACUGUAUUAUUCUACUGUUGAUGACUAAUAUUAUUCUGAGAAUUUAGAAAUUGUCUGACCUGCUAUUUUCACGGCUAGGUGGCUGAAAUUAUUUUUGGCAAAGUAAUUCCUUACAGUUAAUUUAGUGAUUUCAAUAGUGGAAAAGAAAACCUUCUAAUAAAGUUCUUUCAUGCUAGGAUACAGACAGCCUUAUUAUUGAAUAAACAAUGUAUCGAUUCACUAUCAUUCGUCUCUUCUUCAUCAUCCUUGUUCUUGGCUUGAUAAUAAAUAUGUGUGAGUCAACAUGGUCGGAUUGUCUUACAAACGAGAAGCCAUGCUGGAAAGAACGCGGAAAACAGAAGCAAUCAGUUACGAAGCCGACGGCACUGGCACACAAAAAAUGCAAUCAACGUUGCUUGGAAUUAUCCGAGUCGACGGACUACUAUUCAUCUGGCUUCUGUGCAUCAGAAGGCAGGUGUAAAGGAUAUUGUGAAUGUAUGGAUAAGCAGAAUUAAACUGUGAAUUUCACCGUCAAUCUACCGCAUAAAUCAACUUCGAUUUACACCCCGAAGCACCUUUAUCAUUAGCUUUUUGUAAUUUUUUAUGUUAUUCAAGAUUGAUUGAAAUAAACAUAUCGAUUUAUUCAUAAUAUUUCUCUUGUUUCAAACUGGUAUUGUAUAUUGAAUUUAAAUCUAUCUACCACCAUUCCUGUUUCCUACAUCGUAUCUUGAGGGUGUGGGUGUGGGUGUGGGUGUGGGUGUGGGUGUGGGUGCGGGUGUGGGUGUGGGUGCGAGUGAGGUGGGUGUGGGUGUGGGUGUGGGUGUCCAUUGCUUUUUACACUCAUACCCGACACCGUACCCACAUCCACACCCCAAGAAAUUUCCAACUAAUAUAUAAAAGUAAUUUCUUUUCUUUUCUUCCUUUGUAAACAUUGCACUGCGAUGACAUCAUUUGUUGCAUUCGCAGUGCAAUGUUCAUAAAAGAAGAAAAGAAAAGAAAAGAAAAGAAAUUAUUUUUAUAUAUUGGUUGGAAAUUUCUUUCAUACUUCAGCGUUAAAGAUGACUUUUUAAAAGAGAUCGGAAACUUUGCUGUAUUGUUUUUCUUCGUUCUAAUAUCUUUCGUUGAAGCAUAACAAUAUCAUUUUAACACAUAAACAAGGUAAUUUUCCUGUGAGACAAUAGUGAGUUGAGCAGAGUUAAUAGUCUCAAACUUCUUAUCGCCGAGAAGAAAUCUUUCUUAGGCUUAAAAGUAUCGACUUUUCAUGAUCAUUUGUUAGUAUAAGUAGUCAAAAAACCAAAAAUCACUAACUCUCUUUAUAUAAUCAUUCUUUGUACUAUCUUGCAGCAGAGACAUAGAUGUAAUUUGAAUUUUGUAACAACGAGUUCACCAAAAUUGUGUUUUUCACCAAAGGACUGUCUAUUCACAUUUUAAUAACUCCAUCCACUAUUGUCCAAAGCAGACAAAAACUGAGAAGAACACGUUUUAACGUUCGAAAUGAAGCCACGAUUCUGAGCCAUCAACGCUCAUUAAAAAACACCCAAAUGGGUUGUUUGUGUAAAAUUCUCAAUUUCAGAGCAUGAAAACGGUGAAAAGUAUCAGUUUUGCAACGUUAAAAUGGAUUGCCUUUAAAUUCUAGAAUAAAAUGGCAUUUCAACGCUGGAAAACUAGCAUUUUUCACCUUUUUCGUACUUUGAAAGUAAAAGAAUUUUACUCGUAAAAUACGUUUAUUACCUUUGUUUUUGAUGAACGUUAAUAGCUCAUAAUCACGGUUCCAUUUUGAGUGUUUAAAGACGUUUUUUCUAAAGUUUUGUCUGCUUUAAUUCUUCCAAAAAUCGGGAAAAACUUCUACCUCAUGAAGCUUCUUGCCUUUCAACUCAGUAGGGCUCGAACUCAUUCAAGCCCAGUGAGUCUGUCAUCCAUAAUGUGUCGUAUCUAGCAGCAGAAAUACGACAAUCAUGCCAAGCGAUUGUUUUCUCGGCUGUGGUGGCUUCAGUUUUAACUGAAAAGCCUCAGUCGUUCAAUCCUAAUAUCAGGUUUCUGCUUCCAAGUUUCAAACCAUUUUUCAGAGCCUUCCAGACGCUUCAGAUCCUGCAUACUUUCUCUAUUGAUCGUAUUCGAUUAUGUCUUGGUGAGGGUUUAAGAAUGGAGACACUACUAUGAGUAGUUUCCAACUUCGAGAUUCAAAAUCGAAAAACAAAAUUGUUCAUGAAACCCUUGCAUGCUUGUACCAAUAACGGUCAAUCUGAAUAUCUCAUUAUUGUUUUGGUAAAGUGACAUGUGCUGGCAGAAUAAUCGAAUAUCCUAAACUAGUGAGAAUCUGAGAAAUUCGGAGCGGCACUAAUGACGGGUCCGAACACUGGUUUUUCUUUUCGAUUUAGUAGCCUCCUAAAGAACGGCGAUGGAUUCCACUUUGGACGUCCAAAUAGCCUCCACCUUUCUGUUCAACCAAAUGUAUUUUAAAGUUCAAAAAACUCUCUAUUGUCAGAGUAUGAGCGAAGAUGUGAGGUGUGAAUGAUGGUCUUUAUUUCACGCUCCUUUCAACCACCCACAUAUUUCUAUUCUGACAAAAGUUUUGAUAGGAAUAUAUUAUAGUAACAAAAUUUUUCGAAGAAACUAGAGUACUUUACUCAUAGAGACUCUCGAUGUGCGGGUGUUAGCAGGAAGACGUGGUGAAAGUGCACUCGCGCUCAUAUUGAAAAAUUGCGCGCCAAGUUUGUUUUUUGUUUCGCAAUGACAUUGGUCGUUUGGGCGAAACAAACACAUCAAGUGCUUCUUUCUCAGUAAUAAAAAUCCACUUUCUUCUUUUUACAGGUCACUUCAUUAAAGGGAGGAUGAGCUCAGGACGAAGAGUGUCGGUUAUUUCCCUGCUUCCAAUGAAUGAAGAAAACUUAAGGCCCCCCCCCACUCAAAAAUCGAUCUCAGCCCAGGUAUGUUCAAAUUGGCUGAAAUUUGGAGCAUAUGUUGGGGCUGAAGUGGGGAGGCUGUGAUAAAAUUUUCAGCUCGAUACCCUGAUGUUUGACUGAGAUAUUCACCAAACAAGGGUCAAAAAUAGGUCAUUUUGGUACAAGGAUUUCUUAGUCCGGACCCGUCUAACAUAUUUAAAUUUUUUUUUGUUAAAAAGAGCAUGUCAGGAUGCAGAGCACUACAGAGUCCUUUUUUUAAGAUUCUUACUUUUUUAGCGGAGAAAGGAGAUCACAAGUCCAAUGACUCAAAAAACGCCCCAAAAAUGGGUGUCCAGUCACAUAAGUGUCUUUAUAUAUAAUAAAAAACAAAGCUUAAUUAAAAAAAGGACUCUGUAGUGACCUGCAUCUCGACGCGCUCUUUCAAACAAGAAAAAAAUUUAAAUAUGUUGGACGGACCCGGACUGAGAAAUCCUUGUACCAAAAUCAAAAAAUCAUAAAUCGAGAAAAAACGAAAAAAAUUUUUUGAUUUUUCCAAAACCAGCUGGUUUUUCGAAUAGGGGUUGACGGAAAUCUUGAAAGUUUUUUGGAAAAAAUGAAGUACCGAGAAAAACAAAUUAUCGCUUAUGAAAGAUCUGAAGACGGGCUAUCGUCCUAUGCAUUUAUCUUAAUUUCGAAAUUUUUGACGAAAAUUGACUUUUUUGAGUGGGGGGGGGGGGGGGCCUUAAGAACAACAGAGCAUGUCACCGCUGAUAAUGAAGACAUGCCAAGAUGUAACGCGGAGCCUAUUCAAUCCCGACUAAGACGAUUUGUGAUAAAACUAUUCAAAUGGCACUUUAAAGAAUGUCCUAAAAGUUGUACUCUCAUUCUUUUGUGGAACUCACGUAUGUUUUCGAAGAAAAUAGUGAGUGUAAGUUUUAAGUUCGAGGUUGGCGGCUCCCCCCCACCCCAUUACAGACACAUAGCAACGGAGAAAGAGAACAUUACAGACAUACCCCCCAUUACAGACACAUAGCAACGGAGAAAGAGAAUAUUACAGACAUACCCCCACCCCCUUACAGACACCCCCCCAUUACAGACACCCCCCAUUACAGACAGCCCCCCAUUACAGACAGGGCACCAUUACAGACGUCAACAACCGCGCACAAAAGGCUUCAGAUUCUAUACAGUAUUCUAAUGCAUUUAUAAUUAUUUGAAAAAAUAGUAUGUUUUAGUUUACAAAUAAGGCAGUAGAAUAACAAAUUGAAAGGAUAUACGUGAGUUCCACAUUUCAGCUCCAAAGGAGCUGCGCUGACAAGCUUUUUCGAGGAGUUUCCAUCGUUCUUUUCGUUGUCCUAUCGAUAAUUGACACUGUGGCAUAUGCGGCAUCUUCAAACCCACCUUCAGCUGCACUUCAAUUUGUAUGGAGCGCAAAGUAUCCACUCUAUGAGAUUGCAACUGUUAUUUACUGUUCAGGAGCAUCUGUUUUUGGCAUAUCGUUUGAAAUCUACUUAUUUCUGCUGUUUGCUGGUUUGAAUGUUAUCCUUCAGACAAAAAACUGUAUCAGUGCACAACUUACUGUGGUCUUUCUGGCUAGAAUCACUUGCUUGAUUGUUGGUGUUGAACUGGCUCAUUGGAACUUUCGACGCCUUUGUAAUGAUGUUGAACGCCGCAAAAGAUCUGCACGUGUGAUGCUCCAUCAAUCUCUUCUCUUUUCGUUGAGCAUCCUUUUCUUGUCAGCAACGGGUUUACGAACUGUUUAUGAUGGUGCACUCAAUAAAUGUGAGUUUCAGCGCUUCAUUUGUGGUCUAAUCGAUAUGGACGCUCCAGAAUUCAAAGACCACGCACCUUGUGAUCCCUCAUUUGUCGAGUAUGUCUCUAGUCGAGAAGAACUACGCAUCUUACGCGACUUGUUAAUACUCAAUAUGACUUUCUACGCAAUAUUCAACCAAGCUUUCUUGGACUUCGUUGCUCUGAGAAACUCGCGCUAUGGGUGGUUUUUAGCGAGAUUAAUUCUUCUCCUUCUCUAUCUGGCCCUGACAACAGCAUUUUUGGUCGUCAAUAUUAUCCCGUUUCAAUUACACAAGACGAAAAUUGUAUUCGACGUCAUAGAAUGUGUUCUUUUUGUGGGCAUUUUGUUAUUAAUGAUCUACCAUUUGAUUCGUAGUGGACCUGGAACAACAAUCGAUGGAAAUAACAUAGUGUUUCAAGAAGACCCUCAUAUCUUGCCUAAAUUUUAACUGUACUCUUAUUUAUCUUUACUAGAAACAUAUUUGAUUUUUCCCAUUCCUCUUUAAAGAGAAUGUGUGGUAGUGUGGAAUGAAAACGUGAGUGCGAGUAGAAAAGUACCACUCACACGUAUCUUGCCUUACAAUACAAUAUGUUUCUUUAGAAGGCCAAUAUGUCACAAAAAAACCUUAAUGUGAAUGGAUACUUUAGUGUAUAUAAUAUACGAUUUAUUGUUUGACAUGAUAUUCUUAAAGAGUUGCUUUAAGAUUAUAAGUGACUAUGUCAGGUAUCCCAGUAUUUUUUGUUUUGUUCGACAUUACAUUUUGACAGGCAAAUUCACAGUUAUCGAUGAAAAACUAUUUAUAAGUAUUGUUUGAUUGAAGAUAAGAGGGUGUGGGUGUGGAUGGUGUGGGAUGUGGUUGUGUGUGUGGGUGCCAGUGUCAUAUCUGCAAUGAUAUCCAUAUCUACAUCCACACCCUGAUAUCUUUGAC